AGGAGGGGCCGUGGCCGGUUGUGGAGGCAGCGCGCGCCGCCUCAGCUGAGCUUCCUCGGGACUCGUCCGGCAGAAUGAGUCUGCAGAUUUUAAAUGCAGAAAAUGGAGAAAAUGGAGGAAGCAUGAAGGAUGAUUUAACAGCGGAGGACUGUGGCUUUUUCUUUGCGCCGCCGGAACCAACAGGGAGACCUUCUAUUCUUCGCCUGUCCCAGAAAGAAAACUUGCCACCAAAAAAUGUGGGAAAAGCGAUGAAGGUAACCUUUCAAACUCCUCAAAGAGAUCCUCACACUCGUAAAAUCCUGAGUCCUGCUAUGACAGACAAACUUCAGACUGCUUUUGCACUUGACGAUUGCCGUGAAGAUGUGGUGGAUAAUGUUUUAUUUGCACCCUCUGAUGCUGACACAUGUCAACAAAAGGCUGAAACAAACAAUACACAAAUGCCAGAGAAGGUCAGUGUGGCUCCUUACCCAGACGAUGAGAUGCCAGUGAAGAGUCGAGGUUCCUACAAUCUUGAUUUUGAUAACUUAAAUGACAUCAAUCCUUUUCAAAGUUCAGUACAGUUGCCUCAUUCUCCUGAUCAUCUGCAAAAGUCUCUUCUAAAAGUCUCCAGCAGCCCUGAUAAAACCAUUGAAAAAAGCAAUGAUUCUCUUCUGUGGGGUAAUGCAGUUCCUUUUGCUUCAACUACAGCAAGUACAGAGUGUUUAAGUGAAGACAAGGCUCUCAUCUCUGAAAAAGAAUCUGCACUGAGCAAGCUGGAGUCUAACAAAUCCAAGCUGUUGCCUAAGCAAGCAGCUGGUGACUCUGAGCAGGGUGUGAAGUCUGCUUCCACAGAUGCAAGCCAAACUGGUAAUUCAGUGGUAUUAGCAGAGGCACCUACACCUCCUGUACAGUCACCUGGCAGCUUAGGUCCCAGUAGUUCUGAUGUAAGUAACUCUUUUAAAACUGAGGAAUCAAAGCUUCAGAAUGUUUCAGUAGCAGAAAAAGUCUCUGCACGAGAGUCAAAGCCUGAAGAGCUAGGUGUCUCCAAAGGGAAACCUGCAGAAAAGCCUGAUGUCACCAAGGCUGAACCCAUAAAACUGGAAUUUGACUUUGAUAAUACCACUGCUAGAAAACCACCUCCUAAGAAACUAGGUAUAAGACCUGGAAUUAAGCCACCUUCCAAAAAAAUUCCUAUUGCCAAAACAAAACCGGAGAAUGCUGAAGUGCAAAAUAAAAGUAAUGUGGAAGAUGAAAUCCCGCUUCCUAAAGCAUCUUAUAAGAUUGACUGGGACCAACUUGAUGAUCCAAACUUUAAUCCAUUUGGAGGAGGUGCUAAAAUUUCCACCUCACCCAAGCGUUCUAAACCCAGCCACCAGAAAGUUCACCCGCCAGAGGAGCAGGAGAGUACCUCACCAAGAAAGGAACCUCUUCCAGUGGAGCAGGAUAACAGGCCAAGUACCUGUCAAACUCUCGAGAAAGAAGAACCCAAAAAUCUAGGAAUUGUUGAACAGAGUGUGGUAGAAGACAUGCCAAAAGCUCAAGAAGAGAAGCCAGGAUUUCAAGCAGAAGCUGAUCUUCCAGGAAAAAGAGAUGUGGAGAAGCAAAUGAGCCCACCUAAAAUAUCUCCAGCUAAUGUUGUCCCCUCCCAAGAUAAUUUGGUUUCCACUGAGAGUGGAAAAUAUUCAAUGUCUAGAGAAGAAAUUAAACCUAGUUCCCCCAAAAUUGAAGUAGCAGCAGAUGAGACAGCUAAUGCUGAACCUGAAGAGCUUUUCAGACCAUCAUCAGAAGUUUUUGGAAUGGGCGUAGACUAUCUGGAACAGUUUGGAUCUUCAUCAAAGUUGUCAUCUAUUCCAAAGGAAUGUGAUGAGGCUGGGUGGGAGGUGAUGGUAGGAAAUGUAGUUAUGAGCAACUCGACGGAAAAAUCAAAGUUCAAAGAAUCAGCCUUGAGAAAGCAGUCACUGUAUUUGAAGUUUGACCCUCUGUUGAGAGACAGUCCAAGAAAACCAAUUUGUGGUACUAUUGAAUCAAGUGAGAGUAUCAUGGCAGCUCUGUCUCAGCCUGGUCCUGUUGCUGAUUUAAGUAGCUUGCUCGAGGAUGCUGGAAAGCCUCUAGUGAGUCUUGAGAGUGAAGAAAAACCAAAAGGACUAGAUCUUCUGGGGACAUUUACAACUUCUGACACUGGUCCCCUGAUUUCAGACUCCCUGAGUAGUAGUGUUCCUCCAGUCCCUUUUGACACUUCUACAAACACUGCAGUGGAUGCUAUUAUAGAUGUGCUAAAAUAUAGCCAAAAAGACAUGGAUGCAGCUGUUGAAGUGGUGAAGAGAGAGGUUCAAGAGAAAGAGCUGGAGAUUCAGAAGUUGAAUGAGAAGUAUGAUAAGCUUCGUAUGGACUACAGGGAAAUGGGAAAAAUAUUUGAUGAAUUUGAGCGGACAUUACUAGACUUUUUGGCGGAUGCUGACCAGCAGAAGGAAAGCUUAAGGAAAGACAUACAGAAGCUGAUGGAAGAGAAGCAGCAAGCUCUUUCAGAUCUGAACUCUAUGGAGAAGGCCUUCUCUGAUCUCUUCAAACGAUUUGAAAAACAGAAGGAUGCGUUAGUGGGUUACCACAAAAAUGAAGAAGUUCUGAAGAAAUGUGCAGAAGAUUUCUGGGCUAGAAUUAAAAAAGAGGAGCAGAGAUAUCAGGCACUCAAAGCACACGCUGAAGAAAAGCUGGAGCAAACCAAUGAGACAAUCGCUCAGGUUCGCAGCAAAGCAGACGCAGAGACUGCAGCACUCCAAGCCACUCUGCGCAAGGAGCAGAUGAGGAUCCAGUCUCUAGAGAGGAGCCUUGAACAAAAGACUAAAGAAAUUGAUGAAUUAACGAAAAUAUGUGAUGACUUGAUCUUGAAGAUGGGAAAAAAUUGAUACCUUAACUGUCUUGUAAAUAUGUUUAUUUUCUUUGACUUUGUCUUGUGUGUUCACUCACUUUUUUAUGUAUGUGGGGAAAAAAAUAAAGUUCUUGA